GGCCGCCUGUGGCCAGUGAGAGCUAAUAAUCUAGUGUGUAAUACUGGACUUGCCAUGGAAUGAGAUAACUCUGGAUUUCCCUUCUGCCCUGUCUUCGUCUAUCUCCCUCUGCUCUCCUCACCUACCCCGAUUCCCCUUCCCCUGUGCGAUCGAUACUCUCUAGGGUUCAUCGGCGGUCACACCAAGCAAGGAUGACUACUUCAAGGCGUCUUGCUGACAGGAAGAGUGCGAAGUUUCAGAAGAACGUCACAAAGAGGGGCUCAGUGCCUGAAACUACUGUGAAGAAGGGGAAUGACUAUCCUGUUGGACCUAUCGUGCUUGGAUUCUUCAUCUUUGUGGUCAUAGGAUCAUCCUUGUUUCAGAUUAUCAGGACGGCUACUAGUGGUGGGAUGGCUUAAUAUCAAGCUGAAAACAAGACGAUCAUUAUCAGAGAUUUAUUUUAUCCAUGUGUCUGGGAGGCAAUAUCAUAUCUGUACCCUGUAGCAAACUUCAACCCUGAUGAUGUUAUGUAGAGAUUUAAAUCU